AUGGACGAGUGCAAUCUAACACUAGUUCCUAUGGACUCUAAUAUGAAAUUCUCAAAGAAUAUUGAAGAAGAAGACACAGACAUCACAGAAUAUCAAAGUCUUGUGGGAAGACUAAGGUAUUUACUGAAGAAAAUACCUGAUCGUAUUCAGUUGGCAUUACAAGCAGGUAUAUGCAAACUCCAAAAAAGGUCUCACAUGGAAGAAAUAAAGGAAAUUUUUAGGUAUGUAAAAGGAACUUUGAGUUAUGGGAUAAGGUAUACUCAUAGGAAACCAUUGGAAUUAGUGGGAUACAAUGAUAGUAGUCACAAUAUCGAUCAUGAUGUUGGAAGGAGCACAAUUGGACAUGUUUUCUAUCUUAAAAGGUCAUCUCUGACUUGGUGUUCACAGAAACAAGAAACGGUCGCGUUUUCUUCAUGA